AUAGCAUUCAUUCAGUGACAUUUGGUUGACACUUGUCGUCACAUUUCGACGUUUUUUUGUACCAAUUCAGUUCUGCGUGCGACGGAUCGAAAAACACUCGAAACAACAUCUGAAAAUGGCCUCAAUAGCGAACAAGGGAUCCGCGCUGGUAUCAACACUGUUGACACAGGCCCGGCCAAAGUUCAACGUAUUCCUCAAGUACGCCAAGGUUGAGCUAACCCCACCAACUCCCGGAGACAUUCCGGCGAUUCGGAACGGAGUUGCUCGUAUCAUCUCGGGUGCGCGAACUGGAGCCUGGAAGAAUCUUACCGUCCGGGAGGCUUGGUUGAACUCGCUGGUUACUGCUGAGGUCUUUUUCUGGUUCUACGUUGGUGAGGUCAUUGGUAAGCGCCAUCUGGUUGGUUAUAAUGUUUAAGCUAGCGAAAACCGGAGGUUGAUUCGAAUAAAGUAGCAAAGAAGGGUUGAUUAAAUGUGAAAAACAAAAACGGUAUAAAAACAAAUUCUGCUAUAAAAAAGCGAAGCAAGAAGCCUUUAUUUAGUUAAGUUUUACAA